AUGGAUUAUUUGCGUCGUCUAAAGCGUCAUUUUUAUACAUUGAAUCUUUUUGAAAGUAUUAAUUCACAUAACAAUGAAUUUCACGCAUCAACUGAACGUUUAUCAACGCGUAUCUAUCUCAUUAUAUUGUUCAUCUCACUGUCAGCUUGUACAAUUUAUUUCUCGCUAAAUAUCGAAACAAAGACUUUCAUCGUCGACAGACCAACUCAAGAAACAUUCGAAAGACUUCAAGAAAAAUAUUCUUCGACUCUAUUCUGCCCAUGCUCAACGAAUAUAAUUCCAUAUAGAGAAUUUUUGUCUGUUUCACCUGUUUAUCAUGAAGUUUGUUCAAGUGUUUUUAUCUCGGACGAGUGGUUAACAUCUUUGUUUAACAUUAAUCGAACACGUUACUAUCAAUUAGAUUUUCGAGCGAGCAGUGUUUCACUAUUUCAACUUUUACGUGCAUUCUGCGAAUGGAACAAACACAAUAAGGAAUUUCUCUUGGCUCAAUUUGAAGCUACACUUUUCCUUUCUCGUUCUGUUAAGCCACCAGAAUAUAUCUUUGAUGCAGCUCAAUCGAUAUUUGAUGAUUUCGAACGAUUCGUUGAGAAACCACAUGUGCAACUACCGUACAUCAUUCUCGAAAGUAUGACAGCUAAUCAGCUCGUACCAGCUGUGCAAACAAGCGGAGUGCUUAAGAUCGAUGAUAUUGGACAAAUUUAUCUUUCAAACGGACUUUGGGCAGGCCAAUGCUGGUGUCCGCAAUACGUAUAUUGCCAAGAUGAUGCGAGACUAUACGAUGAUCUAUUCAGUUUUCAAUCUGAUGGAAUUUAUGAUAAUAUCUUAUCUUCAUAUGCAGAGAUUCCAGGCUUUAUUACUGGUUGUAAUGUACUAAAUUCGCUUUUGAAUUCAAAGCUCGAAUGUCUGUACAAUCAGACAUGUAUUAGUCUGAUGGAGUGGAGAAAUAAUUCGUAUUAUGAAGCACUCGUUAGCGAUGAAAACGUGUCGAUGGUUUCUCCUAUUUCUGAUUUGGUAGUAACAGUUAGAUAUUUCACUCGGUAUUGGCAAAAAACGACACGAUAUUCUGAUUAUUAUAGAGGAUGUUCACCAAGCAACUGUCAGUAUUCAGUCGAGCAACGCGCAGAUUCUCUUUAUAUUCUCACAAAUAUAUUUAGUGUAUACGGAGGAUUGAUCAUGGUAUAUGGAAUUGCCAUUCCAAUGAUGGUGGCAAAAGUCCGAAUGUGGUGGACCCGACCAGAUGCGCAACGUGCAGCCGUAGCCGAACAAGAGGAAGGUACGCAAUGUCUUUUCAUGAGUAUAUACAGUAUUUAUUUUGAUAAUUUAGUAAUAAACAUUCGAGCCCGCUUGUUCCGUUUCUGGCGACUGAUUCGUUCGACUCUUUUAGAACUGAAUGUUUUUGGUGGUAUCAUUCCUUCUGACGAUCCUGACGAAAUUCAGAAAGAACGUCUCGCUACUCGCAUUUACGUUCUCCUCUUUAUUCUUAUUUGUCUACCUUUGAUACUAGUAAAUUUACUCAUUCUACAACUUUGCGUAGAGACUGUCGAAAAUCCGACUGAGACAGUUUUUGAACGACUUUAUUCCCGUUAUAAUCACUCUCUCCAAUGUUCGUGCACAAACGACAAAAUCGCUUACGUAGAUUUCAGUAGUUCUCCUUUCAAAAUGCAUGCAGUAUGUAAUGGUAGUUAUUUUAUUGAUCCACAAUGGUUCGCUAACUUUCCACUGACUAUCAAAUAUCAAUUCGCAGUUUUAAGCAGUAUUUGUGCACGGUCCGAAACAGCAGUUGCUUUGGCAGGUAUAAGCUUUUCUUCCUUAAAUCUGCUAGCUGAUCAUGCGAUGUCACGUGAACUGCACGACGCACGAAUACGUGCAACUCAUCAUCAAUUACAAGUGCAAACGAAAACAGAAAUUCUAACACCUUUUCAAUUGAAUCGAAUAUUAAUACAUGCUGAUAAAUUAAUGAGAAGAUCUGAUAUUCAAAUAUAUCAGUCCUCCGGACAAAUUGAAGCUGUUUUUAAUUCGUACGACAAUGGAACAUGCAACUGUGCGUUGACGUCGAAAUGCAUCAGAGAAGUUGUUCUAUCGUUCUACAUCGGAUGUUAUCCCAUUGAUGCAAUGCUACAAUCAACGUUUGAAUGCUUUUAUAAUAUCAAUUGUAUGUCUCUACUCGAAUCAUUUAGUUCAGAACCAAAUUAUAAUAUUCAAGUUUUGAAUUCGAAUCAAAGUCGAUUUUUACCAAACACAACCAUUGAAUCAAUGUUGAACGAAUUAAUGUUAGAACAAUGGGAUAUACAAAUAAAUUACACGAAAUACUACAUAGAAUGCAAUCCGAAGAAUUGCACUUAUUCAUAUCUACGAGAAGCCGAUUUGAUCUCUGUAGUUGUUUUAUUACUCGGUUUUUUUAGUGGUUUAAAUAUCGGACUUAAAAUUUCUGUACCAGUUUUUGUUAAAACCAUUCUAUAUUAUAUUAUACAUCGACGGAUUCAUUUCGAUCUCAAAGCAAUGUUUUUAUCGUGGAAUACCUUUCCUACUUAUGCAUCUCGUCGAGGUGACAUCAGACGAUCCAAUACAGAAAAACUUGCGACACGAAUCUACGCCAUAGUCUUUAUUCUAUGUUUUUCCAGUUUAGUUAUAUACAAAAUGAUAAAAGCACCAAUCAAAACCGAUAUUGUUUACAAUCCAACACAAGCGACAUUUGAACAAUUACAUAAACUCUAUGGAACGAUGAUGAAGUGUCCAUGUAAAGAAUUCAGUAUCACUUAUGGAUCAUUUCUGUCCAUUCUACUUGUUUUCCAUCAAGUUUGCUCGAGUUAUUUAACCUCUUCUUCAUGGCUAUCAUUUCUUUUCGAAUCAAUGAAUUCAACUAAUAAUCAUCUCUUCAUCUUAUCUCAAUUUCAAUUUCUUUCAUAUGUCUGUCAUAUUAGUCAUUCUUUCGCGUUCGAUGCCAUUCUCGCAUUCACUAAUGAUCCAUUUAUUUCGCCAGAGAUAGUAGCAGAAUCAACAUUAAAUUCAGAAAUCUCUUCUUUGAUGUCAAGAUUUUUGUUUACGACAUCAAAGUCUGUUAGUGAAUGUAUCGAAUUUAUGCAAGAACUUACGCACGGCUCGGGGAUCAUAUCCAUGUUAUACACGAAUUGGAAAUUAACUCUCAGUGAUAAAGACAACACGACUCUAUUUACCGAUCCAGUUUCUUAUGGAAACUGUUCGUGCGGGAUGUAUAGUUCAUGUACCGCACUGACAAUGAUUCCUGGUUUACGCAUUGGAUGUUAUCCUUCAACGGCAAUGAUGCAAUCAACACUUGAAUGCUUCUAUAACGAAACGUGUAUCUCGAUGUUUUUCGGAGCAAAGAGAUGGCCAUCGCUACCUAUCGAUAAUCGAUCUCGCUUUUCACCAUUUCAUACAGUGAAAUCUAUUAUUGAUCAACUUAUGAUUGAAAAAUGGAUAAAUACUACUAAUUACACACUAUAUUACGAAAAAUGUGCUCCAACUUCAUGCAGCUAUUCAUACUCUGAACGAUUCAGUCUUAUCUACAUUGUAACUAUGUUGACUAGUCUUUAUGGAGGCCUUACGAUGGUUUUACGUUUCACUGUUUAUCAUUUUGUCACACACAUUCGUACUGUUUGUCGACGUCCAAUAAGAGUGGGUGUAAAUAUAUCUUCAUAG